GCGAAGAGAACAGCUUCUUAAUCUUAACCAUUCAUAAAUGCUACACAUUGCUUUUGAACACAAGGAUGGCAUUUUAUUGGAAUUAAUAAUAGAAAUAAUGACCUAGAUAGUACUACCAGCUUAUGACCCGACACAAAUAAGACCUGACUUGAAACAAGACAAAAAAGAGACUAUAUUAAACUGAAUGGACCAAAAUGCCCAUAAUAUAAAGUAAAAAAACACUCCCGAUUCCCGAAAGUAAUGGCUUUGACGAUGGAGCUCGAUAUGUUGUGCGCUAGUUUGGAUCUAGUUUUUUUUGACCGAUUGGGGGUUGAAUCGAUGGUGGAUAGGCUUCUCAUCCCGGCGGUGCGGCUAUGGCUUCUCAUCCCGGCGGUGCGGCUAUGGCUUCUCAUCCCGGCGGUGCGGCUAUGGCUUCUCAUCCCGGCGGUGCGGCUAUGGCUUCUCAUCCCGGCGGUGCAGCUAUGGCUUCUCAUCCCGGCGGUGCGGCUAUGGCUUCUCAUCCCGGCGGUGCGGCUUUGGCUUCUCAUCCCGGCCGUGCGGCUAGGGAUUCUAUCGUUGCGGUGCAUUUAGGGGGUGGUCGGCGGCUAGUUUGUGAGACUGGGGAUGGCUGGUCGGAACUGGGGCCUGGAAGGUGCCGAAUUGGGUCUUGGCUACUCGGAUCUGGAGCUGCGGAGGGGGCUGGACAGGGGGUUGGAUUAUGGUGUGGCUGUGGCUGGGUCUGAGGAAGCAGGGGAGGGGCAGGGUGUUAGACAAAGGUGGGGCUGGGGGGUAAGGGUGGGUAGGACAGGGGGUUUGGUGGGUGCAAGGUGGGGUUGGGUUGGAGUCGGUCCGGGGAGGUUGUCCACCGGAGUGAGGGCGGCGACGGGUCACCCAUGUUGGUGGCCGGCUGGUGCUACCGGUGGUGUCUAUCGCCUUGAAUAAAUGUAAUUAGUAUCGAGCAACUGUAACUGAUCGGUUAAAUGUAAUUGGACAUGUAAUUGGUCGGAUCAAGUAAUUGUAACUGAUAAGGUGGGUAACUAUAAUUGUUCAGGUCAGGUAACAAUAACUGGUCGGUCGGAUAAUUGUAACUAGUGGUUUGAGUAAUUGUAAUUACUUAGGUCACGUAAUUAUAACUGGUCGGUUCAGGUAAUUGUAAUUACUCAGAUUAAGUAAUUGUAACUGAUCGGGUCGCGUAACUAUGACUGACGAAUCGAGUAACUGUAACUGAUGAUUCGAGCAACUGUAACUGAUGAAUCGAGUAACUGUAACUAACGAAUCGUGUAAUUGUAAUUGAGGAUUGCAGGUAACUGGUGGGAUGGGUCACUAAAAGUUUU